GGGUGCGUUCCCGAAUAUACUGUUAUUCAGUUCAAUUUAUAAAUAAUUCCUACAUAUUUCUCGAAUAAUAUGAAAAAGAAAAACACAUUUAAAUACUUUUCAAUAAUUUUGGAAGUUGAACUAUAAAUUACUUUUCAUUUAUUUUGAAAGUUAAGCAUAAACUUUUGUGUAAACUAUGUUGCGACGUCCAAAUGACAAGCGUAUCCGAAAUAGUGAACACAUCUUCUCAACGAUAUGGCUUGAAAACGUCACCAAAUUGUUGUUGCUUUCUAAACAUUUUUUAAGAGAAUUGUUGUCAAAGCUUGUUAGUAGUUAGUUUGCUGAUCUUCAAAAAGCCGACAAAGCCGUAGAACAAAUGAUUUCGUUUUCGAACAAAAAUUCUUAUUAGAUUCACUUCUUGAAAUUAACUAGUUGUUAAAGUAUUUAUUUAGAUUGAAAAUGAAAAUAUUAUUUGGUUUAUUUCUGGUUCACCUGGUAUUAGCUCAAUCAAAAGUGAAACACAAAAGUGUUCUGAUUGACAAUAUUAGUGAUUAUAAAGAAUUGAAAAAACUGUUUCGAACCAAGAACAAUGUGUUGGUCCUUUUCACCUCUAAUCCCACCAAAGAAGCUCAAAACGCUGUCAAGGCUCUAGAUGAAGCAGCUCAAACAGUGAAGGGAGAAGCAACGGCAGUACAUAUCGAUUGCUCUUUGAGUGCCGAAACAAAAAAGCUGUGCAAAAAAAUUAAAGUCGCUCCCAAUUCAGUGAUGCUGAAACAUUUUAAGGAUGGAGAAUUCCACAAAGACUAUGAUCGUCAAACAACUGUUUCGAGUUUCACUAAUUUUCUGCGUGAUCCAACGGGUGAUUUGCCCUGGGAAGAAGAUAAAUCGACUGGGGCCGAUGUUCUACAUCUAAACGACUCGGAUAUGCUAGUUAAAAUAUUGAAAAAAGAGGUUCGACCACUUCUGAUUAUGUUCUAUGCACCUUGGUGUGGCUUUUGCAAAAAGUUGAAACCAGAUUAUUCUGCUGCUGCUACAGAGCUAAAGCCUGACUAUGUAUUGGCUGCUAUGGAUGUAAAUAGACCGGAAAACUCAAAAGUGCGUCGCAUGUUCAAUAUUACAGGCUUUCCCACAACAAUCUAUUUUGAAAAUGGGGCACAAAAAUUGGUUUAUGAGGGCGAAAACAACAAAGACGGGAUAGUUUCAUUCAUGAAAAAUCCGAAUGCACCUCCUGCAACAAAACCCAAAGAAGCAGAAUGGGCUUCAGAUCCAAAUUCGGAGAUCGUUCACUUGUUGUCCAGUAACUUUGAUUCAGUGCUCGUUGAUGAAAAAUCGGCUUUGGUGAUGUUCUACGCUCCGUGGUGUGGACAUUGCAAACGGAUGAAACCCGAGUAUGAGAAAGCGGCCGUAUUGAUGAAAGAAAAAAAGUUGCCGGGUAUUAUAGCAGCCGUUGAUGCAACAAAAGAACAGGGCAUCGGCAGUAAAUUCGAUGUGAAAGGUUAUCCCACCGUGAAAUAUUUUUCAAACGGAGAAUUUAAAUUUGAUGUAAAUGUUCGAGAUGCCGAUAAAAUAGUCGAAUUUAUGAAAAACCCCGCCGAACCACCACCACCUCCUCCACCGGAGAAGCAAUGGGAAGAAGAAGAGACCAAUGUGGUGCAUUUAGAUGAGAAUAACUUUAAAGUUUAUUUGAAAAAGAAGAAACAUGCUCUGGUUAUGUUUUAUGCGCCUUGGUGUGGACAUUGCAAACGUGCAAAACCAGAAUUUGACAAAGCAGCCGAUUCGCUCAAGGAUGAUCCACGCAUUGGAGUAGCUGCUGUUGACUGCACCAAGCACAAUUCGAUCUGUUCGGCAUAUUCAGUCAAAGGAUUUCCCACAAUCAAAUACUUCAGUUACUUGAAAACUGUUCGAGAAUAUAAUGGAGGCAGAACGGCUGACGACUUUACGAAGUUCUUAUCCGAUCCCGAUGCUCCACCUGAGAAACCUAAAGCUGAAGAAUUUGGAAAAUAUCCUGGCUCAGAUAGUAUAAUAACAUUGACUGACAGCAAUUUUCAUGAAACCGUUGAGAAAAUCGAUAACUUUUUGGUCAUGUUCUAUGCUCCAUGGUGCGGUCAUUGUACGAAAAUAAAACCACAAUUUUCAGAAGUCGCUCAACGAGUUUCAAAAGAUAAAAUCGGUAUGCUUGGUGCUGUUGAUGCUACUGUUCAUGAAAAUGUAGCCCAGAAAUUUGAUAUCAAAGGUUUUCCAACGUUGAAACUGUUUCAAAAAGGCUCUUUCAAGGUCGAUUACAAUGGAAAGCGAACUGUCGAUGAUAUAUAUAAAUUUAUGAAAUCUAAUAGCAUCAAAAACAAGGAUGAACUGUAAAAUAUGAGCAUCAUUUUGGGGAAAUGUCUAUUAACAAUAAUGUUAACACAAAUCACAUUUUUAUAAACAUUAUAUUUUUUCUAGAUAAUAACAAAUCCGUUAACUCAAUGAACAAACGAAAAUAAAUGGAAAUAUUUAAACCGAA